GAAAAAAAAUUACCCUCUAAAAGAAGUUAAUAAACACUGCCCGAAAAAAACUACAGGGAAGAUGUCGAGUAUGAUCAAGAUAACAAUGAUGAUGGCUUUGGUAGUAAUGGGCGUGACAGCAAAGACUGUGAUUGAGUGUCAAGAAACAGACUGCAAGUCCCAGUGUCAAAUCAUGAACAAUUUGGCUUGUAAUGCUUGUGUCUUCGGAUGCGCUUCUCCUCCAUCUUUUCAGUAUUCCGACACAAAGGCCAAUGAAGUAGACCAACGCGUCAUAUGUUGGCGAAAUUGUGAUGUCGGCUGUGGCACUGACAAUGCGUGCCAUGAACGAUGUAAGAAAAGUUGUGGUUACCCACCCGCGAAGAAUGUCCAUCAGUGAUUUGUUGAGAUUCAAGACUCCUAAACUUGUGGAACUUCUAUUAUAUUAUAUUGUGAUUUAGUUGUUUAUUUCUUGAGUUAUUACAUGUGGGAAUGUAAUUGACAU